AAUUAAAUUUCUAAUUUCCAGCAAGACAGAGUGAAACUAGAAAGCUAACAAAUAACUCCACCUCACUACAAAGCGAGAGAGAGAACACAGAAUAAAGGAGAAAGGCAGAAAAGAAGAAACAUAACCAACACAAACUCUAGAAAAUUUCGUGUUUAACUUUGCUUUUCUAUCCCCUUUCUCUAGAAAAUUUUCUAUAUUUUCUAGGGAAAAUUCUUUCUCUUCUCCUCUUUCUCCUCCUCCUCCGUGUUUCCCGAGAGAGAUUCUCUACCUGCUUGUUGCUUUACUUCUCUUCUCUUCUUCGCGUGAAUCGAUGCUUGUAGGUGUAGUAGCUCAUCUGAUUUGGAGUUUUUGUGAUUUGAGCUGCAUAUAUGUCUGCGAGGUUGCUGUGAAUCUGCUACCCUUGUGAAACAAGGGCUACCUUUUAAAUUUCCCAGAAAUGUCAGGCUUAGAAGGAAUUGGGGCUAAUGAUGAAAUCAGAGAGAGAAGAUCUGAUUUUGAGAACUCUGAAGAUGAGAGACGACGAUCGAAAAUUGGCACUCUUAAGAAAAAGGCAUUAAAUGCUUCCAAUAAGUUCACCCAUUCUCUUAAGAAAAGAGGGAAAAGGAAAAUUGAUUAUAGAGUUUCUUCAGUUUCCAUUGAGGAUGUCAGGGAUGAAAAAGAGGAGAGUGCCGUAUUAGAAUUGCGCGAAAGGCUUCUUGAAAGAAAUUUCUUGCCUACUAGGCAUGAUGACUAUCAUACUCUGUUAAGAUUUUUGAAAGCUAGAGAGUUUAAUAUUGAAAAAGCUAUCCAGAUGUGGGAGGAAAUGCUUAAUUGGAGGAAAGAGUAUGGAACAGACACCAUAUUGGAGGAUUUUGAGUUUGAAGAGCUGGAAGAAGUCUUGCAGUAUUACCCUCAGGGUUACCAUGGAGUUGACAAGGAAGGCCGGCCAGUUUACAUUGAAAGGCUUGGGAAAGCUCAUCCAAGUAGGCUGAUGCGAAUCACCACUAUUGAUCGAUAUCUGAAAUACCAUGUCCAAGAGUUUGAGAGGGCUCUACUGGAGAAAUUCCCUGCAUGUUCAAUUGCUGCAAGGAAACAGAUGUGUUCAACUACAACGAUAUUGGAUGUACAGGGUUUGGGAAUUAAGAAUUUCACUCGGACUGCUGCAAAUCUGUUGGCUGCAAUGACAAAGAUAGAUAACAGUUACUACCCUGAGACAUUGCACUGGAUGUAUAUUGUUAAUGCUGGUCCUGGCUUUAAGAAGAUGCUUUGGCCUACGGCGCAGAAAUUUCUGGAUGCAAAGACUAUUGCAAAGAUACAGGUUUUGGAGCCCAAAUCCCUGACCAAGCUUCUGGAAGUUAUUGACUCAAGUCAAUUGCCAGACUUCUUGGGUGGUUCUUGUACAUGUUCUUCUGAAGGAGGGUGUCUUCGAUCAAAUAAAGGUCCAUGGAAUGAUCCUGAUGUGAUGAAGCUUGUACACAAUGCGGAAGCAGCAUUUGUGAGGCAAAUCACCAGAGUGUCUAGUAACCAACAGAAAUUUGACUCAUAUAUUCAAAUGCCCCUGCAGAAGGGAAGCAUUGACACAUCAGUAGCCGAAUCAGGGUCUGAAAUUGAUGAUCCUUCUCCAAUCAAACCGAGUUUUAUGUUUCCGCAUUUGCCCCCUGUUCAUGAGGAAGUCAGAGCCUCAGAUCCAAAUGCCUACUACAGUUGUGAUGGAAAUUUUCUUCUGGUUGAGAAGGCUGUUCAAUGCAACCUGGGAGAGGGACAUUCUGAAGAUCAGUCCUUUAAAAGCAAUGACUUGGGGGACUUUCCUAGUGAAAUGCUACCAAAUGCGGAAGGAGGUCUUAUCAGCCAUUGGUUGGACAUUGUCAGGGAAAAGAUUGGGAAAAGGCAUAAUCUGUGUGUGCAUAAAAUGCUGAUAUCAUUUGUGGUCAAACUAGUAGCAUUUGCCCGUAGUUUACCACUUGAAUUUUGGAGAAGGCAGAGUAAUAUUCAUCCAUCUCUUCUUGUGGAACAUAAUGCUGAUAGUCAUUCAGCAGCUGUUGAAACUGUGAGUGAAGACUGUGUCCAUCCGUGUAUAGAGCGCCUACAGAGCCUGGAAAAAGUAGUUGAGGAGAUUAGCAACAAACCUACUGCAAUCCCAUUGGAAAAGGAGCAAAUGCUCAUGGAAUCUCUGGAGAGGAUCAAGUCUGUGGAGCUUGACCUUGAAAAAACAAAGAGGGUACUACAUGCUACAGUCGCAAAGCAACUUGAGAUUUCUAAGUUGCUAGAUGAUUUACGGGAGUCUAGUUGUCAUCAAAGAAGAUUAUUCUGUUGAGGACCUGAAGUUUUAACCGUGGGACUAGCUAGAAAUUUGGUGAAAUUGGGGAUAAGAGGAGAUUGUUUCGCACAACCAUAAUUACAUAGAAAGAAGCAAGGGUUGGAUGCCUGCAUUUUUAGUAUAACAUGAGGCGUACAAGCGCAAGUACAAUCACCUCUCUCUCUCCAUUUUUUGGUUGAUCUUUUUUCCUUGUUUUUCCAUCUCCCUUUGCAGUGGAGUACUUACAGAACUGACAGUUUAGCUGGGCAGUUGGUUCUGAUCUUAGCUUUGAAACAGUGUAGAGAAAAAAAAGAGAGUAAAUGAAAUGCGUUACAACCAAAGACUUAUUUUAGUUCUUCCUCCUUUGUCUCUUUCUACAGUAAAGAUGGCAUUAUUCUGGCCAAGGGAGUUUUAUAGGUAGUUGAAGGUGAGCCUCGUCACUAGCUGUGACUGAAGCAUACUGCACCAUCCCCUUUGUUCUCCAUUAAUAAAUUCGCUUCCUUCUUGAAAUUUAUACACCA